AUGCAUCCAAAUCUGUUUCCGGAACCAGAAUUUGAUCCGGAUGCACCCGAAUGCAUACCAUUCAGAGAGCCAUGCGGUUUCUACAGCUUCUCGCUGAACGGUGGAGCACCAUUGAAAUGGGUCAAAUCAUGGUGUCAAUGUGAUCGCGAUCAUGAAUGCGCAUACGAACGAACUGAUAUGAAAAUGCGGGUUUAUCGACACGUGUGCAUAGCUCGUUCGAAUGAUUAUCACGAUAAGCACAACAAUGAUGCUAAUAACCAUCGCAAUUUGCACAAUAAUCAUAUGCUUGUGGCAAACACUUUACACGACUAA